AUGGAGAAUGAGCAGCUCCCAGCUCCGGCUCCUGCCAGCAGCACCAGUGGCACAGCCCCAGCGCCUGCCAGCACCACAGCCACACGCCCGCCCGGGCCCCAGAUCUCCGUCUACAGCAGCAUCCCCGACCGCCAGACCGUGCAGGUGAUCCAGCAGGCGCUGCACCGGCAGCCCAACACAGCGGCACAGUACCUGCAGCAGAUGUACGCGGCACAGCAGCAGCACCUCAUGCUGCAGACGGCCGCGCUCCAGCAGCAGCACCUCACCAGCGCCCAGCUCCAGAGCCUGGCCGCUGUCCAGCAGGCAAGCCUGGCGGCGAACCGGCAAAGCAGCUCCUCAGGGGCCAACAGCACCCAGCCAGCCCCGACACAGCAGCCCACGAUCAAUCUGGCAACGUCGCCGGCAGCGGCACAGCUGCUAAACCGGGCACAGAGCGUGGGUCCCGGGGCAUCAGGCAUCGCUCAGCAGGCUGUACUGCUGGGCAACACUGCCUCACCUGCCCUCACUGCCAGCCAGGCCCAGAUGUACCUGCGGGCACAGAUGCUCAUCUUCACACCCACGGGCCCUGUCAGCGCCGUCCGGCCCGAGAGCCCUGCACCGGCCCCUCCACCGGCCCCGCCACCUGCCCCACCACCCACCACCCCUCAGGUGCACAGCCUGGCCCUGCGCCCCGCCGGCCCCCACCUCCCUGCCCUGGCCAUGAAGCCCCCCGGGGGUGCCCCUCCCCGGCCUGGCCCCCCCCGGGGGGCCCCGCCCGACCCCCCCGCCGAGCACCUCAAAAAGGCCGAGGGGCACGAGGGCCGCACCCAUGCCCUGGCCCGCGCCACCGCCCCCGCUGUCACCCACCCGCUCAUCACCCCAGCCUAUGCCCCGCUGCAGCCCCCCCAGUUCCUGCAGCAGCCGCCGAAGCCGAUGCAGCCGCACCCUCCGCCGCAGCAGCAGCAGUUUGUCAUCCAGCAGCAGCAGCUGGGCCCACGUGGGCAGCCCCCUUCGGGCCCCCCCACUGCCCCACAGCUCCAGCCCCUACCCCCUGCCAGCCCCGGCCCAGCCCCCCAGCCCAAAACAGGAGUCCCCCAGGGAGCGGGGGGAGAGGGCGGCCCCCCCAAUGGGCACCCUGGCUGCCACGCUGCCCCCCGCAAGUUCCAGCACGCCUCGGCUGUCAUCCUGCAGCUGCAGCCCGCCGGCCCCACGCCCUCCCUCGGGGUCCCCGAGGGCGCCUGCCGGGACCUGCUGCCCGUGCCGAGGAGCGCCGAGAGCCCGCCUGCCGCUCCGCCGCAGCCCCCCGCCCUCUCGCCGCCCGUCGCCCCCCCGGGCCCCGACACCCCCGAGGGCGAGCGGCCCCUCACGGACGAGCCCCCCGAGCGCCUCCAUGCGCAGCCCCGCAUUCCCGGGAUGACCUCGGGCUCCGGCAGCGCUGCCGCCACCGUCGCCGGUGCCGCCCCCCACAAUGGUGAGAACAAACCGCCCCAAGCCAUCGUGAAACCCCAGAUCCUCACGCACGUCAUCGAGGGCUUCGUCAUCCAGGAGGGCGCCGAGCCCUUCCCGGUGGGCCGCUCCUCGCUGCUGGUGGGGGCCCUGCACAAGCAGUAUGCGCAGGAGCUGCUGCCGGACAAACUCCCGCCACAGGACAACACCACUACCACUGACUCGGACAUGGAGGAGCCGUACCUGCAAGAAUCCAAAGAGGAGGGGAAUCCCCCCAAGUUGAAGUGUGAGCUCUGUGGCCGCGUUGACUUCGCCUACAAGUUCAAGCGCUCCAAGCGCUUCUGCUCCAUGGCCUGUGCCAAGAGGUACAAUGUGGGCUGCACGAAGAGGGUGGGAUUGUUCCACCCAGAUCGCAGCAAACUCCAGAAACCAGGAGGGCCCCCACAUGGGCGGCGCCGCAGCUGCAAAGGGACCCUGCCACCCCUGAGCAAGGACAGCAAGAAACAGCCCCCGGGGUCUGUCCCAGUGGGGUCGGUGACGGCGUCGUUGCAGCUCAACCACAGCCAGGAGGAUUCCAGCCGCUGCUCUGACAACUCCAGCUACGAGGAGCCGCUGUCGCCCAUCUCUGCCAGCUCCUCUACCUCACGGCGCCGACAGGGAGAGAGGGACCUGGAGCUGCGGGACAUGGAGCUGCCAGACGUGCAUGGCCGUGACCUGCCUGGUCUUGGUCACCGCUUCCUGCCCAGCGAGCCCAGCAAGUGGAAUGUGGAGGACGUUUAUGAGUUCAUCCGCUCGCUGCCAGGCUGCCAGGAGAUCGCAGAGGAGUUCCGGGCGCAGGAGAUUGAUGGGCAGGCGCUGCUGCUGCUCAAAGAGGAUCAUCUCAUGAGCACCAUGAACAUCAAGCUGGGGCCCGCGCUCAAGAUCUAUGCCCGCAUCAACAUGCUUAAGGACUCCUGAGGGGGGGGGGGGCAUAGGACCCCACUCCCCCUGUGGGACCCCGACCCUCCCAGGACCCCUGCAGGACCCCUGACCUUCCACGUGGCCCCGGGGAGGUGGCAAGGGGGGGAAGACACUUGUGAGCACACCCCACCUCCUCUGCCCCCCUGGGGGGUGUAAAUAGCCCCUAGCUCUAGAACCCACCCAUCCCCCCCCAUCCCCCAGUUUUGGGGUAGUCACCGCCCCCCCCCCACCCCCCCCCCCUCUUCAGCAGGGACGGGGGUCCCCAUGUGUCCUCCCAUGUUCACUGUCAAGUCAGCAGAGCCAAGCAGAAUGGUUGCCUUAACGUGUGCUCCCUCCCCCAUCUGGGAUUGGGGCCCCCAGGGAGGCUUGGACUUCCCCCUGCCAAAGGGGGUCAGGGAGAGGUGGGGGGCGUGGAGGAGGUGUCACCCCCCCAUUCACAUACCCCCACACACUGGGCUGUUUUGGGGGCACCUUAGCAGAGGACAGUGGUGAGGGGCCUCCCCCUCCCCCCUCAGCCAGCACGGUCUUUUUAAGAAAAGAAAAAAACAUUGAAAAAAACGAUAUGGCCCCACCCCCCUUUUCCUGAUUUUUUGUUUUUGUUUUUAAUAAACACUUAAAAACACUCUGGGACCCUCCCAGUUUUCUUCACUUCCCACCCCCAAAUUUCUUUUUAUGUAAACUGAGGCAGCAACUCAGGGAUGUCUUAAAGUGCUGCUGUGGGGGGUGGGACUGCCUGUGGGCAAUGGAUUCAGGGGUGGUGGUGUGUGUUACCUGUGUGAGCGUGGAGCUCCCUGCUGCCCCCCAUGCUGGGAUGUGAGGGUGAUGUUCUCCCAGGAGCCUGUGGUGACAGACACCUCCAGACGACCCCCAGUGCUUAGGUGGACGGA